UAGUAUAUGAGGUCAACACGGAAAGAGACAGCUCCCACCGGAGGUCGUCCUGGCAGACUGCAGGGCUGUUGUCUAGGCGUACUAGAUUUGUUUUGCAAAUUAUGUGUCUUUGGAUGGAGGUGAGGUGGUGAAGGUGUCACUGUCAAAACCACCAAGAGAGAGCUCUUGAUCCCGCUGACCUUGACAGAACCGCUAGUGUUAGUGGAGCCACAGGGCGAGCAAAUCCAAAUAUUUGGGAGGUGGGGCUGAUUUAGGGGCAAGGGUUACCCUGCAGCUUUGAUUGCUUCCACCUCCCAGCCUCUCUGGGUAGCUGUCCUCUCGCUCUGACCCCAUCCCAAGCCGGUCCCCGCCCCUGAAUCCCUUCCCUGUCUCCCCCUCCUGCCUGCAUCUCAUCCCUCCCUCUCUUCCCUCUCUCUCCCACUUUUCCUCCCUCUCCCCUCCGUCUCGCACGCACCCUCUGUUUAUUUUCCUGCCUCCAUCUGGGCCCUGCUGAUAUUGUAAUCACCCUGAUGCACGUUGGCUCCUCUCCUCUCCCUCCCGCGCGCACACACUCACUCACACACAAUGUGCCAUCCCCACCAGCCCUUUACUUCUGAUAAGCUCCGAUGUGUGUUUAAUGAAUACAAAGCGGCGGUGUGGGGGCCGCGCGGCCGGCCGCCUCGCGCGCUCGCCGCCGGAAGAAAAGAUUGAUCUGUGGGCUGGUGAACUUAUCUGGGUCCCAGUCCGAGCAGCAGAGGAAGUUAGCACAGCGCUUGCUGGAGAAUGAUAUCUAUCAAAAGAAACACUUGGAGAGCACUGAGUGUAGUGAUAGGUGACUGCCGGAAAAAGGCGAACUUUGAAUAUUGUCAAGAUCGUACCGAGAAGCACUCCACGAUGCCAGACUCACCUGUGGAUGUGAAGACGCAGUCUAGGCUGACUCCCCCAGCAAUGCCGCCUCCUCCGACCACUCAAGGAGCCCCGAGAACCAGUUCGUUUACGCCAACGACAUUAACGAAUGGCACCAGCCAUUCACCCACGGCCUUGAAUGGCGCCCCCUCACCGCCUAAUGGCUUUAGCAACGGGCCUUCCUCUUCCUCUUCCUCUUCUCUGGCUAAUCAACAGCUGCCCCCAGCCUGUGGUGCUAGACAACUGAGCAAGCUGAAGCGAUUUCUUACUACCCUGCAGCAGUUUGGCAAUGACAUUUCACCAGAGAUUGGAGAAAGAGUUCGCACUCUUGUACUAGGACUGGUGAACUCUACUUUGACAAUUGAAGAAUUUCAUUCCAAACUUCAAGAAGCUACUAACUUCCCACUGAGACCUUUUGUCAUCCCGUUUUUGAAGGCCAACCUGCCCCUGCUACAGCGUGAACUCCUCCACUGCGCAAGGCUAGCCAAACAGAACCCUGCCCAGUACCUCGCUCAGCACGAACAGCUGCUUCUGGAUGCCAGCACCACCUCCCCUGUCGACUCCUCAGAGCUGCUUCUCGAUGUGAACGAAAACGGGAAGAGGCGAACUCCAGACAGAACCAAAGAAAAUGGCUUUGACAGAGAGCCUUUGCACUCAGAACAUCCAAGCAAGCGACCAUGCACUAUUAGCCCAGGCCAGCGGUACAGUCCAAAUAAUGGCUUAUCCUACCAGCCAAAUGGCCUGCCUCACCCCACCCCACCUCCACCUCAGCAUUACCGUUUGGAUGAUAUGGCCAUUGCCCACCACUACAGGGACUCCUAUCGACACCCCAGCCACAGGGACCUCAGGGACAGAAAUAGACCUAUGGGGUUACAUGGCACACGUCAAGAAGAAAUGAUUGACCACAGACUAACAGACAGAGAAUGGGCAGAAGAGUGGAAGCAUCUCGAUCAUCUGUUAAACUGCAUAAUGGACAUGGUAGAGAAGACGAGGCGAUCCCUCACUGUACUAAGACGAUGUCAGGAAGCAGACCGGGAAGAACUGAAUUACUGGAUCCGGAGGUACAGUGAUGCUGAGGACUUGAAAAAGGGCGGCAGCGGUAGCAGCAGCCACUCCAGGCAACAGAGCCCCGUCAAUCCGGACCCAGUCGCAUUAGAUGCACAUCGGGAAUUCCUUCACAGGCCUGCGUCUGGAUACGUGCCAGAGGAGAUCUGGAAGAAAGCUGAGGAGGCUGUGAAUGAGGUGAAGCGACAGGCAAUGACGGAGCUGCAGAAAGCCGUGUCUGAAGCCGAGAGGAAAGCCCAUGACAUGAUCACCACAGAGCGAGCCAAAAUGGAACGCACGGUGGCUGAAGCCAAGCGGCAGGCCGCAGAGGAUGCUCUGGCAGUCAUCAACCAGCAGGAAGACUCCAGUGAGAGUUGCUGGAACUGUGGCCGGAAAGCAAGUGAGACCUGCAGCGGCUGUAACACGGCCCGAUACUGUGGCUCUUUUUGCCAGCAUAAAGACUGGGAGAAGCAUCACCACAUCUGUGGACAGACCCUGCAGGCCCCACAGCAGGGAGAAACGCCUGCUGUCAGCUCCUCAGUCACGCCCAGCAGUGGGGCUGGGAGCCCAA